AUGGCCUCCGAGCUGCUAAGCGAGGCAGAGCUGCAGACCGCGUGGAAUCAGCUCAGUGUUUUGAGGCCCCAGUUGGACGAAGAAUGCGAAUUUCAGUUGGAGUCUUGCAAGGAAGUCUUACGGUUUGUGCAGUUCAUGUGGAAGGACUACAAGCAAACUGCUCAUGGGGUGGCCAUUGCAAUCACUGCUUGUGUUGCCUUUCGCAGUUUUGCUUCUGGUGGGUCAUUUGCAGACACCAGGUAUGUUGACAACCUUGUGUAUGACUCAAAUGCAGGGCCCCUGCCCAUGCUCCACAAGAUUGACGCACAAGGGUUUCCGGCUGCCAUGAUUGAGCGCAAAAUUGAAGAGUCCAGAGCGGCCUUGAAGUACUUGGAGACCAUCAUUACCCACGAGGGGCAAGGAAGGAUCUUCGUGGGCUUUCAUGCGGCUUACCAGGUCAUUGCUGACAGCCUGUGCCACUUGCAGAGCUACUUGUCAACGGUUGAUUUAGGGGAUGGCAAGUUGCAGCUGCGCCAUGCCCGUUGGAACUAG